CAUCAGAUGAUUGGUCCAUGCGUGAGCUGACUGUUCCUUUUGGUUGAAAAUUUCCAGAACUUUCCAGAGCAUCCUUUGUUCUAUUUGUGUAAAAGAAAGGGGUGUGGUUUGAAAUAUUUCCUCAAAUUGAAUUGGCUCCAUUGUGGCAAUAUAUCCCAACAGGGGUUAGGUCAGAUGUUGGGACACAGCCAUAGUCUUGCCAAUGUUCAGGGCUAACCACUAGGCCUCCUUCUAAUAGAAUCUACCUGAAAUACCUAAACUCACUUUAAAAAGGGUUUAUUAGUUCUUGCUAGGUAUAUCUAAUCUGUAUAUGUACGAAAUAAAUCUGUAGGACAAUACUUUCCCUAAAGCUUUAAAGCCUGAAACUUGCAUCUAAUGGAUGUACAUUCAUCAGAUUAAAAUGGUAAUUUAACUAUAUGCCUUGGCUUCCUCUUGCAAUGUACCAGCUUGUUUUAUUGUUUAAUGUUUAUCUUUAGACAGGGACCCCUUCAAGGUGUACCCUGUUUUUCACCCCUUGCAGGGGAUAGGCGCCUGCCCUCCACCACCCUAAAAAAGAAGAUAAUCAUGGAAACUGUAGAACUCAUCUUGGAAACAUGCUCAACCAUCUACCGAAGGGCUGAGAAUGUGAAGGUCUACAAAGACCGCUGUGAUCGAGUCGCCCAAAGAGUUAAAACCCUUGAGAGACUUGUUAAGGCAAUCAAAGAAAAGGAACCUGAUCAGAUCACUCCUAUGGUUUCCCAUUGUUUGUUGGAAAUCCUAAUGACUCUGAAAGAAGCAGAAGAACACAUAACAAAAUUCACCAGGUCAAAUGCUAAUAGAGGCCAAGUUAAGUCUAAAGACUGUGAUGAAAAGUUCAGUAAGAUAAAUGAAAAACUAAGCGAUAACUUCCAGGUUCUGUCAGGGGCACUACAGCUUGACCAGAAAGAUAUGCUCCAUAAAAUGAUCCGUUCUAUGUCACUUGAUGAAAGCCCUAAAUUACCAUCACCAUCACCAUCCCAAAUGUCACCACCCUACCCUACAGGACCAACGUUUCCUAAUUCUCCUCAGCCCAGUCAGCCCACCGCCCCUCUGCCUCCUCAACCACUGCAGAUUGGGUUCAGUGUCCCUCUACCCCCUCAACAACAGCAGUUCAGGCCCAAUGUCCCUCUACCCCCUCAACAACAGCAGUUCAGGCCCAAUGCCCCUCUACCCCCUCAACAACAGAUGUACAGACCCAAUGCCACUCUACCCCCUCAACAACAGAUGUACAGACCCAGUGCCACUCUACCCCCUCAACAACAGCAGUUCAGACCCUAUGCCACUGUACCCCCUCAACAACAGCAGUUCAGGCCCAAUGCCACUCUACCCCCUCAACAGCAGCAGUUCAGACCCAAUGCCUAUCUACCCCCUCAACAGCAGCAGUUCAGACCCAAUGUUACUCUACCCCCUCAACAGCAGCAGUUCAGACCCAAUGCCCCUCUACCCCCUCAACAGCAGCAGUUCAGACCCAAUGUUACUCUACCCCCUCAACAGCAGCAGUUCAGACCCAAUGUUACUCUACCCCCUCAACAACAGCAGUUUAGGCCCAAUGCCACUCCACCUCAACAACCACAGCAAUAUAGGCCCAAUGCCCCUCUACCUUCACAACCACAGCAGACUAGGCCCAAUGCCCCUCUACCUUCACAACCACAGCAGCCUAGGCCCAAUGCCCCUCUACCUCAACAACCACAGCAGUUAAGUCCCGCAGCCCCUUUACCUGCCCAAGAACAACAGUUAAGUCCCGCAGCCCCUCUACCUGCCCAAGAAGAAAAGAUAAGUCCAGCAGCCCCUUUACCUCCCCAAGAACAGCAGAUGAGUCCCGCAACUUCUCCACCUCCCCAAGAAGAGCAGAUAAGUCCCGCAGCCCCUUUACCUCCCCAAGAACAACAGUUAAGUCCCGCAGCCCCUCUACCUGCCCAAGAAGAAAAGAUAAGUCCCGCAGCCCCUCUACCUCCCCAAGAACAGCAGAUAAGUCCCACAGCCCCUCAGCCUUCUGGAACCCAAUAGUUUAUCUGUAAAAUACCAUAUUAAAACCCGACUGCAUCUUUGCCUCCCCAAGCACCACGGUUCACACCCCCAACAUUGAAGGUUUUCCCCACCAUUGAAAUGUUCAAGCCUUCAACUGCUUUGCCAGUCUGCUCCAUCAUAUCUCCCAUGUCAGGUUCUAUAUCGAGUGAAACAUUAUAUUGUCAAUAACCCCACAGUUCAGGGAAGGUCAGAAAAUGUUUGAAUUAGUAAAUGGACACAACUUUUGUAUUAGUCACCUGAUACACUAGAAUAUGCAGUCACUCAUUCACACGCUUAAUCAGUACCAGCGGGUAACUUAGGUUUCAGUGUCUUCAGUAUGUGGCAAGAUGAGGCUAAAGUGAAACUCUUGACAGACCAUUCUCAGAGAUUGUUGUUGUUGUUGGACUACUAAAGACCUAAAAGAGCAAUGAAUAAAACAUUCCCUGUAAAAUCAGCCAGAAAAUCCUUGUAGUUUGUCGCCCAGGAUUAAAAUAACAUUCUCUAUAAAUAAUUGGUCUUCUACAUCAACAUCUUAGUUUAUCUCUUUUCAAACCUAAUGGUACGAUGCAGAACUACUUUGAUGUAGUCCAUAGUUGGUGUUUGUCUUGGUUCCUAAGCCAGUCUGAUUAAAGUUCCCAGGGUUUCUACAGCAAAGAGCAGCACUUAGUGUGUUUUGUUUGUUGACUUUGUUGACUGUCUGAUUGUAGAUUGGAUGCCUGCCUGGUUAUAAAUAACGGGGUACGCAAAGGAGCAUCAUUGCAUGAGCAGCUACAAGCUACAUUACUUCCAAUCCAAUCAUAGAGUACUCAGUAGUUCAUAAACUUUAAUAUAGGUCUUUGCCAAUGUUUUGUUUCCCUGGAUAAUGUUGUAAAGAAGAAGAACAACUGUGAGUUGUUUUACAAAAAUAAAUCUGUAUAUAGUAGCUGAUCUAGUUGUAUGUAUCUGGUUAUUUCAUUU